CAACAGUGUGUGCUGUGUCCGUUCAACUCUAGCCAACGUAUACUUUUGUUUACAAUAUGGUGUGUGGUAACAAGGAGUUAAGUGUUCUGCAAAUGGUAAGUGAAUUGCGUCUCUAAGACUUACAUAUUGUUCCAUCUGAAAUGUAAGAGUCUUAAGUUAUGAUCGUCUGCUACGAUGGUGUGUGAGGAUUUUGUAUAUAAUAUAAGCAGAAACUUUUAGUAAACUUUUUCACCUAUAAUUUGAGUGCAUAUAUAUAAGUUGUGAGCUAUUCUGAUUGCUUUCUUGUUGAUAGUGUUCUGAUUUAUUAGUGCAUGUAUAUAGUAAGCACAUGAAAUAGUGAGCACAUAUAGUAAUUAACAUACUAUUAGGAAACACUUCGUUAGAACAAAUGGUAUCAUAUUGAACUAAUCCGUGAGCAUGCAUAAGAUAGUAGUGAAGACAUUAUCAAUACAACAUGUAGUAGUGAAGACAUUAUCAAUAAAACAUGUAGUAGUGAAGACAUUAUCAAUACAACAUGUAGUGGUGAAGACAUUAUCAAUACAACAUGUAGUAGUGAAGACAUUAUCAAUACAACAUGUAGUAGUGAAGACAUUAUCAAUACAACAAGUAGUAGUGAAGACAUUAUAAAUACAACAUGUAGUAGUGAAGACAUUUAUCAAUACAACAUGUAGUAGUGAAGACAUUAUCAAUACAACAUGUAGUGGUGAAGACAUUAUCAAUACAACAUGUAGUAGUGAAGACAUUAUCAAUACAACAUGUAGUAGGGAACACAUUAUCAAUACAACAUGCAGUAGGGAACACAUUAUAAUAUAUUAGGGGACAUAUAUAAGUGGACACAUAUCAAUGAACACAUGCAUUAGUGGCCAUGCAUAUAAAUGCCUCUGUCAGGCAAGUGUACUCCCAUGUGGCCUUGAAAUGUGGACCACAUCCGCCAAUCACGAGUGGAAACUCAACAGCUUCCACCUAAGAUGUCUGCGGGACAUACUGCGCAUUCGAUAGCAGGACAAAGUGCCUGGGGGUGGUAUGGAAACUGCCUAUCACAAGGGUUCUGUGACGUGCCAAACACAGGGGUUCUGUGACGUGCCAAACACAGGGGUUCUGUGACGUGCCAAACACAGGGGUUCUGUGACGUUCCAAACACAGGGGUUCUGAAACAUCCCAAACAUAAGGGUUCUAAAACGUGCUAAAUACAGUGGUUCUAGAAUGUCCGACGAUGUGCACCAUGUUCUCUAUUCUUAGUAAGAGACGCCUUCGCUGGUUUAGAUAAAGAGAAUGGUGAAGGGCCGUAUUCUGAAAGUUGCGCUGUACGGUGAAUACAGUGCCGAAUAUAGCAGGUUUUGUGCUAUAUAUUUAAUAUAGGCAAUAAUUUUAAAAACAACAACUGCAUGCGUCUGAGUGAUCUAAAAGGUAAUUAAUAUACGUAUUUUAGUUAUUUAAUUUACAAAACAACCUAACCACAACUCCCUAAAUUUAAAAGUCUGAAAAAUAGUUAGGAGUUUUAUAGUUGAUUUCAAGAUAAAUGUGGAUUUCUGAGGGUUGCAGAAUAUUUAAAACACGUAUGUUCGGGAAACAAAAAUUUUUUGUCCUGCACUGUCAAAUGUUAUCAAAGUGUUAAGAGUCACCUAUCGUGAAGUUAAGAGUCACCUAUCGUGAAGUUAAGAGUCACCUAUCGUGAACAGUUUAUUUGAAGAAAAAUAUUAUUUUCUUGGUUUCGCUGUAAUAAAAAAAAAAAAAAAUCCAAAACAAUUUCAGACAUGACCAUCGCCUCUGUAACUGUAAUUGUACUUUUUACGGAUACUUUAGCUAAGCCAAUCAAAUGAUCUCGAGGCGUGGUAGAAGGAAUUAGGUUUUUAUGAGAUUGAGCUUGGAAAAGUUUCUCUCAGCACUGGCCACAGUUAUUGGUAGUGUUGAAAAAACUGACAUUGCCACACACAGCGUGAAUAUACAGUAGUGUGAAUAGUUUAUACCCACCGUGACACACACAGCCUGUAUUACAGUUAAUGUAUACGGGCCCACAGUGCGGUAUGGUUGGUAGACAUCUAUAUUCAGUAGGCAGGAGACAUCUAAAUUCAGUAGGUAUGAGACAUCUAUAUUCAGGAGGUAUGAGACAUCUAUAUUCGGGAGGUAGGAGACAUCUAAAUUCAGUAGGUAUGAGACAUCUAUAUUCAGUACGUAGGAGACAUUUAUAUUCAGUACGUAGGAGACAUCUAUAUUCAGUAGGUAGACACAUCUAUAUUCAGUAGGUAGGAGACAUCUAUAUUCAGUAGGUAGGAGACAUCUAUAUUCAGUAAGUAGGAGACAUCUAUAUUCAGUAGGUAGGAGACAUCUAUAUUCAGUUGGUAGGAGAGAUCUAUAUUCAGUAGGUAGGAGACAUCUCUAUUCAGUAGGUAGGAGACAUCUAUAUUCAGUACGUAGGAGACAUCUAUGUUCAGUACGUAGUAGACAUCUAUAUUCAGUAGUUAUGAGACAUCUAUAUUCAGUAGGUAUGAGACAUCUAUAUUCAGUAGGUAGGAGACAUCUAAAUUCAGUAGGUAUGAGACAUCUAUAUUCAGUAGUUAUGAGACAUCUAAAUUCAGUAGGUAUGAGACAUCUAUUUUCAGUAGGUAGGAGACAUCUAUAUUCAGUAAGUAGGAGACAUCUAUAUUCAGUAGGUAGGAGACAUCUAUAUUCAGUUGGUAGGAGAGAUCUAUAUUCAGUAGGUAGGAGACAUCUCUAUUCAGUAGGUAGGAGACAUCUAUAUUCAGUAGGUAGGAGACAUCUAUAUUCAGUACGUAGGAGACAUCUAUAUUCAGUAGGUAGACACAUCUAUAUUCAGUAGGUAGGAGACAUCUAUAUUCAGUAGUUAGGAGAUAUCUGUAUUCAGUAGGUAGGAGAGAUCUAUAUCCAGUAGGUAGGAGACAUCUAUAUUCAGUAGGUAAACUUUUUAAAAUAAGGUGGGUGGGGGCAGUGGUGUGUUAUUAGAUAGCAUUUCUGGAUGACCUUUUGAGGUAGAGAAUCGUAUAUAACAUAGAGCUUUUCGUGACAUAGACAAUAGAGUUAGGACGGUCAGCUCGAUAUGUGAGACGUAGUGGUAGUAGUCAUAGUCAAAGUUAGACCUAUUUCAAAGCGCUAGGUGGCGAUAGGACAUUGCACAGUUUUAAAAUAUAUACUCAAUAAAUUCAGGUUUCGAAUAGUAUAGCUUUAUUUGGUUCUAUAAACAAUGCCAAGGUAAAAUCUAAAGAAAAUAUCUUAAGAAAAAGUAAGUAGGACAAAGGACAAUAUCUGAAAAGACACAAAUAGUACAGGUUAAUAAUGUCCUGACUAACAUGAAUUAAACAGCUAGCAAUAAACAUGUUAAAUAACUAAGAAAUUACAGAUUAUUACUAGACUCUAUAGGUACACCUAAUGAUGCAAGUGUGAUACAAAUGACAAUUAAAAUGCUAUUAUUGUCAAAAAUAUCCAAUUAUAAAUUAAAUCACGUGACGAGGUCUAGCUCGUGGGACGUACACCGUCUUACACACAGAAACAGUGUGAGUUAUGAGAGCUGGCAUACAGGUGUAGGAAGUAUUAUAUACUGUCACCCAGUCGCGUAGCUAGGGUUGGUGUCACCCGGUGCGGUAAACUCAUGGUGUCACCCAGUCGCGUAGCUAGGGUUGGUGUCACCCGGUGCGGUAAACUAACUCAUGGUUUCACCCCCCCCCCCCCUAAACUUCUAUGAUCGAUUUUUUUUUUUUUAAAUAAGUCCACAGUAUAGCAUCAACCUUGAACUUUUAAUAAAGCACGCAUUUGGAUUGGUUACAUUUGUGAAAAAUAUAUGUGUUAUCGGUUAUUCUUUUAUGAAUCUCGAUUUUUGCGAGCAAUGUGUGCCCUGUAGAUAUGCAAUUUUUCAAUCGGGUGUCACCCCUAAAAUGGUGUCACCCGGUGCGGUCCGCACCUGCCUCGCUACGCCACUGCUGUCGCCCAGUUAUGGUGUCUAUGUAAGAUACACCAAUAGCAGAAGAGUUACUGCAAUGGUAUGAAGCAAGACUGCACAACUCAAAAUGUAAGGUAGGCCGUAAUACGUUAUGAAAAACUUGUGCGGGCCAAACGAGAAUAGGACGGGUGGGGGGAAGGGGGGAAGCUGUCAAGAAUAUAAUAAGAAUAAAGAAUAUUUCGUUACUUAGCUGGCCACAAAAUGGAUACUGGCGGGCCGCAUUGCGGCCCGCGGGCCGUAUGUUAUGCAGGCCUGAUAUAAAGUAUAACCAUCGAUAUUUUGAUACGUGUAGUAUCAAGGAAUUGAUGUGUCUUUUUAAGACAAAAGCGAAUUGCAGAAUGUCUAAUUAGGUUACUACAGCUGGUAAUAUUAUCCCAACACAUGCACCAUUUCCUAUGUGAGAAUUUAGCACAUGGCAGAAGAGUUAGCCUACUACACACAUUUCACGUAUAUUCGCUGGUUGUAUACUGUUGUAUCAAUAGCUUAUAAGCACAUUGCAGUAUGUGUAACCAGAGCCAUACAACGGUUGGUGUUAUGCUCAAGAACACACUGGUAUCUAAUGCUAUUUAAGACUUCAUUGGACCGUUGUAUGUUCAACCUACAAAAUAUCAUUUGUAAUUCAACGGCUGUAGGUUAAUCCUACAAUAUUUCAUGGUUAUAUGUCAGUUGGACGGCUGUAGGUUAACCCUUCAAAGUAUCAUGGCUAUAAGUCUGAACAGAAAACUUCUAUUAUUAACACUUAACAAUAAAUAAUUGCAUUCUACCAACACAGAAAUAUAAAGGGGUAUUAGCAUGUACCGUAUUUUCCGGCGUAUAAGACGACCCCCGACUUGUUCUGUUAAAAUAUAGGGUUUGGGCUGUAUACCAGAUUAUAAUACGACCCCAGGCGUAUAAGACGACCCCCUACUUGUUCUGUUAAAAUAUAGGGUUUGGGCUGUAUACCAGAUUAUAAUACGACCCAAGGCGUAUAAGACGACCCCCGACUUGUUCUGUUAAAAUAUAGGGUUUGGGCUGUAUACCAGAUUAUAAUACGACCCCAGGCGUAUAAGACGACCCCCGAAUUUUGAAAAUAUUGUUAAAAUGUAGUGUUAUAUGCCGGAACAGAUGCUACUUAGAAAACAGCCAGAAUGGUGCCCGUGAAUCAUGCAACACCUUGAAGAUGCGAUUAAAAUUUUGAAUGCCAAAAACUCUAAGUGCGCCCAUUAUACAUAGGGCCAUGCGGAUAAACGAGAGAGCGAUCUACGCCAUAUAAGGACCAAGACGGUAUACUACUUACCUCCUGGCAGAUUUCCUGUGGUAAAUUGACAAUUACCUGCGACUUCAAACUGAUUAAAAGUUUAAAUAGAUUUCGGAGGACCAGAGUGCAGCGAGCAUCCUAAAAGGGUAUGGAUACCGGGCGCGAUAUAAAUAUCAAAUCAAUCAAUGAAAAAAGUUAAAAUCCCGAACCAACCCCCUAUAUGCACAUGUACGCGCCCUGUCUCGGCUAUCCAUGAUCCACUUUAAAAUGUGUAAAAGUUAAAUAGUUAAUUUGAUAUUCUAAAAAGAAAGGGAUAACUUUAAAACACCCUUUAAUACUAACUAUUUAAAUACCCUCUAACAAAUGUGGACUUGCAAAUAUACGAUUGUAAAGUUAAUAAAAUCCCCUUUGCCGACAAGAUAUAAUUUAUGAAAUAAUACCCAAGGGUUCACGGGGAAUACAUGAUUCAACUUGACCCAAAAGCACACAUUGGGGUUUCCUCUAUUUAAGUUUCAUACUCGAUGGAGGUAACAAGUUUUAUGCCCUGUAUUCUGUAGCACAUAGCCCCGAGGUCAAAGUCCACGACAGUCUCGUAAAGGUGCGGCCUGCCGUGCCACAUACAGACAGUAGAGUUAGACGGUCAGUUCGAAGUGUCAGACAUAGUGGUAGUAGUCGUAGUCAAAGAUGAACCUAUAGACAGUAGAGUUAGACGGUCAUUUCGAAGUGUCAGACAUAGUGGUAGUAGUCGUAGUCAAAGAUGGACCUAUAUACAUUAGAGUUACGAUGGUCAGUCCGAAGUGUCAGGCGUAAAGGUAGCAGUCGUAGUCAAAGAUAGACCUAUAGACAACCAAGUGCUAGAGCUAGAAAUGAGUUGCCUUCUAAGUUAAACGAGUAUCAUCCACCCAGAGUGCUGGGGUUGUUUUUGCUUGUCUAAGCUUUUUCUGGGGAUUAAGCUCCAGCAAAAAAAAAAAAAUCAUAAGACGUAUUAUAAGCUGGUAUACAGCCCAAACCCUAUAUUUUGGCUUGUGGUAAGUUUAGAUCGCUCGACCACUCAGAGAAUGCAAACCCUGAAAUCAAACCUGGACGGCUAGUCCCGUAGGCGGUAUGACAUUAACACAAUGAAAAUUCCGACAGCUCCGCGACGUGGAAAGAGCACAGUGAGACACAAGACACACUGGUGAUCAUCUUAGACUGCAUCCUGGUCUAUGUCCAGUCGUCUUGACUAAGUCUUGUCAUUAGCACCCUGGUCUAUUUCCAGUCGUCUUGACCAAGUCUUGCCAUUAGCAUCCUGGUCUAUGUCCAGUCGUCUUGACCAAGUCUUGCCAUUAGCAUCCUGGUCUAUUACCAGUCGUCUUGACCAAGUCUUGCCAUUAGCAUCCUGGUCUAUUUCCAGUCGUCUUGACCAAGUCUUGCCAUUAGCAUCCUGGUCUAUUUCCAGUCGUCUUCACCAAGUCUUGCCAUUAGCAUCCUGGUCUAUUUCCAGUCGUCUUGACUAAGUCUUGCCAUUAGCAUCCUGGUCUAUUUCCAUUCUUCUUGACUAAGUCUUGCCAUUAGCAUCCUGGUCUAUUACCAGUCGUCGUGACCAAGUCUUGCCAUUAGCAUCCUGGUCUAUUCCCAGUCGUUUUGACUAAGUUUUGCCAUUAGCAUCCUGGUCUAUUUCCAGUCGUCUUGACUAAGUCUUGCCAUUGGAAUAAAUAGACAAGGGAGAGAGAGAGUAAGGCUAAAACAACUGAGCAAAUCUCCCUCACUUUAAAACAAGUACAGGUUAAGUUAAGGGUACUACUCAAGUCGGAGCCUUGGUCAUCUUCACUUGUGAAAGACGAACGAUAAGAGUUAGAAAAGAGCCAUUACUCAAUUUUGUUGCACUAUAUUCACCAAUCCAUCUUUUCUUUGUAAUUAUUGCUUAGGGGUAGUUUCAUGACUUAUUAGUGGCCUGUGUAAGCUUCGUUUUUAUCUUUAACGUCGCGACUAGUGAACCAUGACAGAGAAGAGCGGCCAUAUAUUAAUCACACACAGUAACACCGAAACCAAGUAAUAUUCUUUUUUAUUAUUAUUUCCUUAAUUGCUUUCUCUCCUGUCCUUUUGCCUUUCGGCCCGCAAAAGUUUUUUGAUAAAGUCGUACGGCCUUACAUUUUGAGUUGUGCAGGCCUGGCUUACAGUGUUCAUGCAAAAAGUGGGGUACCUUUUUACUGGAAAACCCCAAUUAUUUUUUCAUAUUAAAAAUAAACCAAAGAAAAAAAAACACCAGAAAAAAAAAAAAAAAAAAAAAAAAACGGCCUUACAUUUUGAGUUGUGCAGGCCUGGCUUACAGUGUUCAUGCAAAAAGUGGGGUACCUUUUUACUGGAAAACCCCAAUUAUUUUUUCAUAUUAAAAAAAAACCAAAAAAAAAAAAACACCAGAAAAAAAAAACAAAAAAAAAAAACUCCCUACCUAGAAGGUAGUUUUUUUUUAAAGGCCUGUUGUAUUGCCGUAGUCUAAGGCUUAAAAACCUGGCUACUACGGCUACUACGGCGAAAGCGUAAGGAUAAACAGGUCUAAAAUUUCAUCGCUACUCCAAAAUUGUUGGGAGCCUGCAGGGCGAGUUUUCAAAUAAAACAGUUUGAGAUUGAUUCCGUGAAAAUACUGAAGCCCUACUAUUUAUGAUGCACGCCUUGAAAAUGAUUCAUUGCCAGAAAUAUUUAGGCCACGCUUUAGCGCAGUGGUGCAUACUGUUUUCCUACUCCCGAAACUGCGUCGCUGUGUUGCCCUACACCUGGAGACACGUGCAAAGACUAGUGUUGCAAUAGGCCACGCUUUAGCGCAGUGGUGCAUACUGUUUUCCUACUCCCGAAACUGCGUCGCUGUGUUGCCCUACACCUGGAGACAUGUGCAAAGACUAGUGUUGCAAGAUGGUAUCACGCAGGAGGACAUGAUCUCCUUUUUUUUCAAUUAAAAUAUCAUUUCUUUCAUCGACCAUAACAUGAUAAACUUUCAGUAAACCAAGGAGCAGAAAAGACUUGACGCGGAGUCAGUAAAGGUGGCAAUACUCGAAUGGGGCAUGCUCGAAUUUUUAGAUAACUCUUAAAUUGUGUUCAAUGAUUUUGCAAACUCGUUUCAUUUUUUUAAAAAAAAUCCUUUAUAUUAACUUCGCUUUUGUUCGUGGGUGGCUGGCGAAAUUUCCGGACGGCCAAUUGACCCACCUCCCGUGAAACGAUCGAGCUGAAACUCGGCACAUAGACUUGUUGCCGAUGAAACACAUUCUUUCGAAUUUUCAGCCUCAACCCCUCAAAGCAGUUUUCCCUGUUUUUUGAAGGGGAAGAUGAAGAAAAUAUGAUGACACUGAUUUCAAGAAAUAACAUUACCGAUAACUGCACUGAAUGAGAUUCUUAAAAAAAAUCGUGAGUACAUUUGCUGCUCAAUAAUUUGUUUUUUUCUGAAAUAGUUGGUGAAAUAAAUUGGCGGUAAAAGCGGAUGGGUCAUUAGAAUAUUAAUAUAGUUCUAGGGCUUGAAAAAAUAUGGGGUUGAGACCUUUGUGACCCGGGGGGGGGGGGAGGAGACAAACGGGUUUUUUGUAAAGUGGGUUACUUGUGUCCAUGUUUUGAAAAAUUUUCAGUUCCAUCUCCAUUGCCCGAUUUUUGUUUUUUAAAGGAUCUAUUAGAAAAAAAAAAUAUGGGGUUGAGGCCUUUGGGACCCGGGGGGGGGGGGAGGAGACAAACGGGAUUCUUGUAAAGUGCGUUACUUGUGUCCAUGUUUUGUAAAAUUUUCAGCUCCAUCUCCAUUGCCCGAUAUAUGUUUUAUAAAGGAUUUAUUAGAAAAAUUAUGUUUUUACCCAUUUCCCGUCAACCUAUUAUGCUGAAAAUUGGCACAUAGACUCGUUGCUGAUGUCAACACAUUGUUUCUCAUUUUUAGCCCCACCCACAACCCCAGCCCACAAAGAUAAUGUUUUCCUGUUUUUCAAGCGGGGGAUGAUGGAAAUAUGAUGGCACUGAUUUCACGAUAUAAAAUUCCCGAUAACUGCGCUAAAUUAGAUUCUUAGAAGAAAAAAAAAAUAGCGUGCAGCGCGUAAUAUUUUCUUUUGUUGUUCUGAAACAGUUGGUGAAGUAAAUUUGCGGUGUAAGAGCGGGUGCGACAUUAGAAUAUUAAUAUAAAAUAAAAUAAUAAAAUAUGCAUACAAUUGAUUUAUGCGAAAAAAAGGUAUGAAAAACCAAUCUGUUAUAAGUAUUCUGUCAUGUGACAUCAAUUGUAAACAACGCUAGCUUAGAGGAUUCGCAAAUAUUUGUAUCUAAAGCCAUUUGGCGAACUGGUCGAGUUUGGGAUUUGACCGUAGCAUAAUAAUAUAGAGAUUAGUUGUACACAAACGAAACAUUUACGAGAAUGUAGGAGUUGUGUUCGGUUAUGAAAAAAAAACAACCCAACAACUAAAUGUUAUAUUAAAAUGUCUAUAACAAAAUGUGAUGUUUUAAUUUUGUUGACAGACAGGAACACACUUGUAAUAAUUUAUAAUUUAAACAAUUAUAAAAUUGUACGCCUGCAAUAUCACUAACCACAUUCUGAUUUCGUCUGUUUUAGCUUUAAGAAAAGAAAUCCUUCACCAAAAUGAAACUUUGGAUUCUAGUCUUUGCUGCUUCUCUUCUGACCUGGACAUGGGCGCUUGUCCUAAAUGAGAGCGACGGCCUACAGAAUGACCUCGACUGUUGUGAGGAAAUUCGUCACAAAAUAAGUACCAGCCAUAUUCGUAUUGAUGUAUUGGAUAAAAAUAAGAGAAAUGCUAAAAUGAACUUCAACUUGGAAGCAUCCAACAAUAGUUGUUGUAGAUUGUGCUGUAAUGGACAAAUUGCUGAUUGUAGUCAAUGUAAUCUUACAGAAGUCCCCCAAGAUUUACCUGAAAACAUUGCGCACCUUCUUCUACCUUAUAAUAAGAUCAGUAGCAGCGCCCUCUACCCUGGAGUGUUUGCCAAAUAUUCCAAACUCCUCGUCCUUCAGAUGGAUUCCAAUAAUCUCACAGUUCUACCCAAUAGGGUUUUUGAUAAUCUGAGUUCUUUGAUUCAACUCAACCUCUACAACAACAGCAUUAGAAUGGACAGUCAACUACGCAAUUCCUUUGUGUUUUUGCCAUUGCGAAAUACUUUGAAGUAUCUUGUAAUGAACAGGAACACUCCCGACACGUCAUCAGACCAGUUGAUGUACCCAGACUUGGCCCUGUCUGUUCUGACCAAACUGACCGUACUGAACAUUGAUGGACUCAAUGGAAAACCAUUUGGAAGUGGGUUUUCGACACUGAGGAACUUGAGAAAUUUAACGAUAUCAGGAUUUCAAGACGGUAACUGCAAUAUCGUCUCAAUAAACAAUGACACAUUUCGAUUCUUGACAAGUCUACAUCAUCUGAAUAUUUCUGAUUGCGGUCUGAUUGGUGGCCAGAUUUCUAAGUCAGCCUUUGAAUACUUAACGGAGUUAAAGUCUCUGGAUGUCUCCAAUAAUUUUGAUUUGGGACUCGAGGCUGUCGGUAGAUUGAUGUUCAGUUUUAGAAACAGUUCGAAUCUGAUUUACCUGAAACUCCAGAGAGUUGUGAACCGAUUUGCGUCAUGUAUCAUUGUCUACAAACACACACUGCGACAUUUCAAGAACACUAGUCUGGAGGUGAUUGAAGCCAUGGACAAUGAGAUUGAGAUGAUUCAGUAUGGUGCCAUUCAAAUGUUGCCCACGACACUAAGAACACUCAACCUCACCAACAACAGAAUCAUGUUCGGGGCCUACUGGAAGGACAUGGGGUACCUGACACGACUUCAAAGCUUACACCUGGACGGCUUUCGUCGUCCUUACAAAUUUCCACAGUUUUUCCCGUCGGGGGAUCUCAACUGUAAAAGAGAAAAUAUUGAUGAUAUUGAUGAGAAUGGCAUUGACCAGAAGUCUUCUCAAGGUCAAGGCUCUGUAUGCCUAAAAGGCCACUGCCGGCAGAACGAGCCGUUCAUUCUCCAGCUGCCGCCCAGUUUGACCAACUUCACCAUGCACAGCAACUCACUGGCGUACACGGUCAACAACAUCAGCUUCAGUGAGAACAACACGCUGGAACACGCCGACGUCAGCGGGAACACGUUCCCCACUCUGAUUGGACCCAUCACCGGGCUGAAUCACCUCAAGUCCCUGGACAUGUCCAUCUGUUUCAUCGAUUACAUCACAGCGUCGUUUUUUAACAACCUGACCCACUUGCAGCACCUGAACCUGUACCAAAACCUGCUGGCCGAAUGCCUCAACCUGGACUGUGAGAUUACCGUUUUUCAUAAACUCUCCAACCUGACCUAUUUAAACAUUUCCUUCAACUAUCUGUACAGGUUGAACAGAGAUGUUUUCAUCACCAUGACGAAACUGGAGUUCUUAGACCUGUCCGUCAAUACGUUGAGCCACGCCAACUUCAGCAUCACCCACAUGGAAAAUCUCAAACUCUUGGACCUUCAUAAAAACGAUAUCGCCUCUCUUCCCCCGCAGGUCACCAGACACAUCACGGGGCUGAUGGCUGCCAACAAGACAAUCAGAGUCGACAUGCGGCAAAACCCGAUCUCGUGUGACUGCGAGAAUCUCGAAUUUCUCCAGUGGGUCGUGGAGACCGGCGUCUUUGGAGACAACUACACACACUAUUAUUGUAAAUAUCCGGUGGCAGACCAGGCGGCCACGGAGAUGGUGAAUGGAUAUGAGGACGUGGUCAGGGAACUCCAACGGAGGUGCACCACGCACGUGGGGCUAUUUGUGGGGGUCAUAGGAUCUACUUUUCUAAUGGUGAUCAUCCUGGCCGUACUGGUUAUUUACAGAUUCAGGUAA